AGCAUCACGACAAAUACGAAAGAGUUGUGGGUCCAAACUUAAUCUCGGGAUAGUGCAUCACUUUCGACGUAAAUUGGCCAGGUUGGAUAGAAUCCUGCACAAGGGCCAUCUGCCUGCUCCCCUAGCAUCACUUCCGUUGUUGAUGUGAACAGCAAGCUAAGCAAUCUUUCCAGUAGUAGUUUGUGAGUAGGGAGACCACUGCAUUGUAGUGGGCUGAGGGAGAAGAGAGGCCAUGGAAUCGCAGACGGCAAUGCAACUAUCGUCUCUCCGCUCGUGGCCUGCGCUUCCACAGCAUCAGCCAGUGGUUUUACUCUCUUGCCGCCCUACGCCCUUCCACUUCUCCGAUCCUGGGUUGCGGUCCCGUCCCUCUUUCCGGCUCUCUGCGAGCUUGAACGAGGAGGACCGAUGGCUUCGAGAGGAACAGCGCUGGUUGCGCGAGGAACAACGCUGGCUGCGAGAGGAAGCGCGCUGGCUUGCAGAGCGGCGACUCAUGGCGGAUGAAUUAGACCUGCUGAAGCGUGAGUUGGAGCAGCUGCGUGCCCAAGUGCAGGAACGUCGGGAGUUUUCCACUGGUACUGCAACACUUCCCUCCGUCAUCGCCAAUUUGAAGCAGCUGAUUCAAUCAUUGCCCCCGGAACCAAGACCUAAUAUUGAAUUUAUGGAGGAAUUGGAGGAAUUGGAGGAAUUGGAGGAAUUUGAAUCACCUGUGUCUAUCUCGGAUCGUUCCAGCAGCAGCCUGAAGUAUGGCUCCACAGGGAAUACGUCUAGCAACUUCUCUUCCUCUCCUUCUAUACCUUCGAUGUCCGAGUUUUCAAUUGAUCUAAUAAGUGAAGUAGCACCCGCCAAAGUUGCAACGGCGCAGACUGAGGUAAUGCUGCGGGAGAUGAGGAAAGGUGCGGAAGGAGAUGAGGUAAAAGAAUUGCAAGAAGCUUUGCAAGAGCUAGGGUUUUAUUCAGGGGAAGAGGAUAUAGAAUACUCUAUGUUCGCAGACGGCACAGAAACGGCCGUGAAAACUUGGCAGGCGUCAAUUGGUGUUAGAGAGGACGGAGUCUUGUCUCCAGAACUGUUGGCCAUGCUGUUGAGUAAGACACAAACAAAUGCGAAAUCUUCGAAAGAAGUCCCCUCACGACAAUCAGUAUCAAAUUCACAGAAAGCCACUGGUGCUACCUCAACAGGAAGCAACACAGGAACGAAGAGAUCGUUUGCGGAGGAGAAAAGGGACAUUGAAAACACUCGGGACGAGAAUAUUGCCUCCAAUCGCAGGGUCUUUUUGCUGGGUGAGAACCGGUGGGAGGAACCGAGCAGCCUCAGGAAACCGAAGACAAAUGGAGCGUCGUCAGUAUCACCACGGGCAGGGCAGAAGGCUGUGCACACAGAGAAGUGCUUCUCCUGCAAGGGAGAAGGCGUAACCAUGUGCAGCGAAUGUGAGGGCACUGGAGAAUUGAAUGUGGAGGAUCAGUUUCUGGACUGGGUGGAGGAAGGUGCAAAAUGCCCUUACUGUGAAGGCACAGGCGCCAUUGAUUGCGAUGUUUGCGACGGAGCCGGAACUACCCGAGUCGCAUAAUUUUUGUAUAGCACAUCCUGAGCUGCUUGGUUGCGAUUCCACCUCUGUAUUUCAUUUCCAGUUCAGACACGUUCAGUUCAUGUACUCUCAACUGGGCAAUGCAGUCUACGUCCAUGGGGACUUUGAAAUAGGCAGCAGCUCCGUCCACAGUUUCCUCAACGUUGCAAAAUUCCUUACUGUAAAUGUAAUGGCGUCUCUAUUGCCUCGUCUUCGAUUCUUCUUA